AUGCCGGACGGGGCAACGGUGGCCACAUUCCUGUCGAUAACGAUAAGUGUCGGGAUGAUAGCCGUAUGUGGAAUCAUUGCAAAUAUUAUUUGCGAUGACAUUAACGACUUUUACGCUGAUAGCAUGAAGGAGUUGAAAGUAUUCCAGGUACUUACCGACGAUGCAUGGACGGAAGUGAUAAAGAUGGAUCUUCCACCGUCGAAGAAACCCACAUUUGAGAAUUUAAUUCGAAGAGACAAGAGAAACGCAUGGAAUUUGCCUUCAUUUUGCAGCUGUAUGGCACAAUCUAUGUGUCCGCCGGGCGCUCCUGGUCGUCCUGGACUCGAUGGAGACGACGGUGCUCCUGGACUACCUGGUCCACGCGGUCCUGACGGAGUGGAUGGAGCCACCGGUCUCACUUUCAACCGCGAAACCGGCUGCAUACAGUGCCCUGCUGGACCGCCUGGUCCUCGUGGAACGCCAGGAUCACCAGGCUCACCUGGACCGCAGGGCCCGGAUGGACCUCGUGGAAGUCGAGGUUACGGUGCGGGACCACCAGGACCACCAGGUCCACCUGGAGAUCCUGGAGCAGCAGGAUGCGAAGGUACUGCCGGUCAUCCAGGAAGUCCAGGACGCGAUGGGGUACGCUAUAUUCCUGGGCCACGUGGACUACCAGGAAUGCCAGGGGCUAGAGGACCGCCUGGACCUCCUGGUCCUCCCGGAGUGGCAGAGGAAGGACCAGAUGGAAUGCCUGGGCCACGGGGCCGAGAAGGACUUCCGGGAAUGCCGGGACCUAUUGGAAAACCUGGACCGGCUGGCGAAUCUGGAGAGCCAGGAUUUGAUGCCGACUACUGCCCAUGUCCUCCACGAGGUUCCGUUCGACAACAAGCAGCACCAACACUCGAAGAAGAUAAAAUUUCUGAAUGGGAACCCAUUGUCCAUCCAUCAGCCACUCAAUUUUUCGAACAUCGUAGAAGAGAAUCGGAAACAAAGGAUACGACAUUUUCUCCGCCAGAAACCUAUGAGAUCCAGCUCGAGGAACCUUCGCAGGAACCGCUUAAAAUGAAAAUGCUACGAUAUGCUUAA